CCUACCUGAGCCAGCAGCGCGGCGGGGAGCGGCUCCGCGGCCGGUACGGUGAGUGCCCAGCUCUGCUCCCACAGCAACGAUGAAACUCCUGCCGCUUGCUGCGUUCCUCCUGCUCGUCUUGACGGCGCUGGAAGCCAGACCAAAGCCUUCAGCCCUGAAGUGCAGGACGGGUCCCCUGGACAUUGUCUUUGUGAUCGACAGCUCCCGCAGUGUGCGUCCCUUUGAGUUUGAGACCAUGCGGCGCUUCAUGAUCGACAUCAUUGGCAACCUGGACGUGGGUCCCAACGCCACGCGGGUUGGGGUGAUCCAAUACUCCAGCCAGGUGCAGAACAUCUUCUCCCUCAAGACCUUCUUCACGCGGGCAGAGAUGGAGAGAGCCAUCAACGGCAUCGUACCGCUGGCCCAGGGCACCAUGACGGGGUUGGCCAUCCAGUACGCCAUGAACGUGGCCUUCACCGUGCAGGAGGGCGCACGCCCACCCCACAAGAAAAUCCCCCGCAUCGCCAUCAUCGUGACGGAUGGACGGCCCCAGGACCGCGUCUCUGAGGUGGCCGCCCAUGCACGGAACGCCGGCAUUGAGAUCUACGCCGUGGGCAUCCAGCGGGCUGACAUGAACUCGCUGCGGGCCAUGGCCUCACCACCACUGGAGGAGCACGUCUUCCUGGUGGAGUCCUUCGAGCUGAUCCAGCAGUUUGGGAAGCAGUUCCAGGACAAGCUGUGCGCCAUCGACGCAUGUGCUGAUGGCAGGCAUGGCUGUGAGCACCACUGCAUCAGCACCCGGGGGACGUACUCAUGCCGCUGCCGCACCGGGUAUCAUCUCAACCAGGACAAGAGGAGCUGCACAAUGAUUGAUUACUGCAGCUUUGGCAACCACAGCUGCCAGCACGACUGUGUGAGCAUCCCUGCCGGGCACCGCUGCCGCUGCCGCGAUGGCUUCAUGCUGCAGCACGACGGCAAGUCCUGCCGCGCCAUUGACCUCUGCAACGGGGUGGAUCACGGCUGCGAGUUCAAGUGUGUGAGCAGUGAAGGUUCGUUCCAUUGCGUGUGCCCUGAGGGCCAGCAGCUCCAUGCUGAUGGGAAGACAUGCAACAAGUGUGGGGCCGGGCACGUUGACCUAGUGAUGGUGAUCGAUGGCUCCAAGAGUGUCCGGCCCCACAACUUUGAGCUGGUGAAGCAGUUUGUGAACCGCAUUGUGGAUCUACUGGAAGUGUCCCCUGAUGGCACACGUGUGGGGCUGGUGCAGUACUCCAGCCGUGUCCGCACUGAGUUCCCCCUCAACAAGUACCACAGUGCAGAGGAGAUCAAGGAGGCGGUGAUGAAGAUGGAGUACAUGGAGAAGGGCACCAUGACAGGCUUGGCCCUCAAGCACAUGGUAGAGCACAGCUUCUCUGAACUGGAAGGGGCCAGGCCACUCUCCUACAACGUGCCCAGGAUCGGGCUCGUCUUCACAGAUGGACGCUCCCAGGAUGACAUCUCAGAGUGGGCACAGAGAGCUAAAGAGUCAGGUAUUGUCAUGUUUGCUGUGGGUGUCGGCAAGGCAGUGGAAGAGGAACUGAGAGCCAUCGCCUCUGAGCCGGUGGAGCAGCACUUCUCCUACUCGGCAGACUUCACCACCAUGACCAACCUCGUGGAGAACUUCAAGCUGAACAUCUGCCCAGAGGAGGGCAGAGGGGAGACGGAGAUCCGCAGCCCAUGUGAGUGCGAGGCGCUGGUGCAGUUCCAGACAAACACCGUGGCCAUCCUGCAGAGCUUGACUGAGAGAAUUGCUCAGAUGACAGCCAGACUGGAAGCCCUGGAGAAGCAGAUUGCCCUCAAGAAGUGAUCCUUGCAGCAGGUCACAGGGCUCAG